UAAGUUAUAUUUAGAUUUUAAGAAUUAUAAACAUUUAUAAUAUUUUUCAUUUUAUAUAUAUGACUAAUUUUGAUGGAUUUUAUUUUGUAGGUCUGACGGUCCUGAUAGACCGCCAGCAGCACAGCGUCGUCCCGUACCUCGGAAGCGAGUUCAUUCAGGGAGUAGUUCCCAUGUAUCGGAAUCAUCGCAGGAGCAAAAUUCGAUUCCUGCUCCUGCAGCUCCACCUCAGGAUCCAUCUACUCGAUAUGAGCCCGGUGUCAUGCCAAUUGCGACAUUGGUUCGACAACCUGGUCGAGAUCAUCUCAAGGUGUUUCAUCCCCAACCACGAGGAUAUACUACGUGGUAACUUUUCUCUUCUUUUUCUUAAUAUAAUCUUUGUCUUUUUUUUGUAACUUAAUCUUUGAUUUUUUUUUAAGGUUCAACAAGUCACACAACGGCAUUACCGCCUGCAUUAAUGCAAUGAUGUAUUCCUUGCUCCGCAAAGGAUAUGAGACCUACAGUGUGAUGCCUUUCGAAGAAAAGGAGAUAUGGUUCCGUAAUUUUGCGCAACAAUUCAAUUGGGAGUCUGGACGUACCGAAACUGUUCGUCUGGCCUUCCACGAGAAGGUCGCGGAGUCCUAUACGAACCAGAUCUACGAGUGGAAGCAACUAUGGCUCAAGGGCAAGAUACCGAAGAAUAUCAACACCAAAGUUUGGGAGGACUUGCAGGUGCAUUGGGGGAAGCAGGAGACUAAGGAAAAGUCCGCCAGAAACGCAGCCAACCGCAACAGUGAUCAUGGCGGGAAAGGUGUUUUUGUCCACAACCUCGGGGCUUGCAGUAUGUCUUCUAAGGAGGAUCAGCUUGUUGAAGCAAAUGGCGGUAAUCCCGUUGAUCAUGUUGAUGUCAUGAGGGAAGCAUAUAAUAACAAGAAGACAUGUGAAAUUCAGGAUUCCCUCAUCAGAGAUGUCAUAGAUUUGGUGCAAACCAAAAAAGCAGAACUCCUAACUUCUCAGCCGAUGAACUCUAAUGACGCUUCUACGGCAGCUUCCACCAACCUUUGCCGACUUCAAAUCAACGAAAUGGUGGAACAGACAGUUCCAAAGAAGAAAAGACGUUUGGUCGGUUUGGCUCGUCGUGCGUCUUCGUGUCCUUCCUCUUCACAAACUCCAUACACAGAUCCUAUGAUCAUGGAGCAGCUGCAGAACAAGGAUGAGCGGAUUGAAGCGUUAGAGACGCAAAACGCUACAAUUCUUGCGGAAUUGGCAGAUCAGAAGAAGACCAACAACGAGAUCAUUGACAAGAUGAAUUCCAAUGAAUUUUAG